AUGCCCCUCCCUCCGUCUCCCCUGAAACUCGUUCACCGCUACCCCUCCAACAUGGACGACUCUCCAAUCUCACCAGGGGCCCCAGGGGUCAAUGUAUUUGCCCCAGAGAGUCCUACGGAGCCUCGAACCCCCAGACUCUCGGGACCGCCCUCCCCGGUCAUACCCCGCCAAAACAUCAACGGCAUUAACGGGUCCCAUCGAGAGUCGGUAGAUUUCUCCGCCGAUGCAGGGGGUGGUCUGGGUAACCUUGCCGAUGAACUAGCAGACGCGUGGGAACAAGACGAAGAUGGUUAUGGAUAUGCCUCUGGGCAGGAAAACGCGGCGGGGUCCCAACAAACAGAUCAGAGUGACGGCGAGGACGCAUAUCUACAAUCUGUUCGCGACAUGCGCUCCCAGUCACCGACAGACUCUCCCGCUAGAAACCGACUGCGAGCCAACCAGAUUCGACAACACCGGCGGCAGGAAUCUCAGUACGACGGCUCGGACUAUGGGAAUGACUCGGAUCUUGAGGAGGCGGCCGAUCUCUCCCCCGCAUUGGAAAGCCAGAUGGCUGAUAUUGAGAGCCUUGCGCGGCGGGGUAUCGAGAAUAAUGGCAGCGAGAACGACCGUGUCAUUCAAAGGACGGUAGAGUCGUUGAGGGAUCUAAGUGGACAGAGUGGGAUCGAGAACAGUGCCAUGCGGUUAAUCACUGCCCACUCCUCUAUUACUUCUCAUCUCACCCACCAAACCCGUAUUCUUCAAUCCCUCAUCCAUCCGCUUCUAUUUUCUUCGUUUCCUCUCCUCUCCGACGACGCCAUUGACUCUCUUAUGCCUCUGAUUGACGAAGGCCUCUUGCCCAAUCUCCCAUAUCCUUUCCCCGAACAAACUCACCGGGGCUCCAGACCGGCUACUCCGUCACAAGGGUCAGCCCUCAACCCGCUUGUGUCUCUACAGGCCCUGAUAUCUCAAACUGCGGACAUCACCCACUCCCUUCGAGGUUUAAGCGAUACCCUCUACGAAUCGCGCCAGCUGACCUCCACCGCAUCGCGUCGGCUCCGCUCCGCUCGUGAGCUCGUCUCCGAUAUUCGACGGGAGGAAGAAAGCCGAGAAGAAGGCUUUCGGUGGAUUGAAAAAGGCGAUUGGGAUCGCCGACUUCAAGGUCGCGAGGCUGGGAAGGAGUGUCGAGAUGUCGUCAGUGGCUUUGAAGCCGUUUGUGGUGAAUGGCGUGAGAAGUUAUUUGGAGCUGCAGAGGUGGCUGCCGCAUAA